UUGAAGAUUGAUCAGCUACCCGCGUUGCACGUACUUGAACUAGGAUUUCUGAACGUACAAGAUGAAGUGUUUGACUACAUUCCCCGCAACACUGUUCGCCAGUUAUCGAUAAAACGCUGUGGUCAAAUACGCGAUAAUGGUCUUCUGAAGAUUCCGGAUGCAUUUCCCUCGCUGCAACGGUUCAAAAUAACAUCGUGUCGGAUGGUCACUGAAGCGGGCCUCGAACAGCUCCAUGCCAGAAUGCCAGCGGACACAAUCAUACAGGUUUACGGUGCAACGACGCUGCUUACCAUAAAUGACUUUUUUCAUCGAGUUUGAAUGUGAAUGACAACGCCAAAUUAACUAGAUACUACGAAACAAUAGAUAUUGCUUAUAUAUAAUAAUAAUAUUGUUAUAGAAUCUUGCAGUGCUGCUCAUCAGAUAAUACGCCGCGAUUGGGUCUGUAG